AUGGCCAGCACGGGCAGCGAGUCCAGCUUGUGCUCCCCCUCGGCCGGGAAUCGCGACUUCUGUCGCGACAGGAGUUUGGGAAGGGAGGGGUCAGCCCGCGCCGCGCCGCGCGGGGGGGCGGGGGUCGCGGGGGUCGCGGGUACCCACCAGGAGCUCCAGGAAGGCUUUGGUGUCGCCGAGCAGCGCCUUGGCCAGGUUGAUGACGCUGUCCAGGUCCCCACGCGUGUCCGUGGGCGGGGGGCGCGGGCGGGGGGCGAGCGCCAGCCCCGGGCCCGGCCACAGCCCCGGCCACAGCCCCAGCAGCGCCAGCAGCGCCCGCCACGGAGCCCCUGCGGGACACGGACACGCCAACGGCCCGGGGGGGAGCGAAACCCCCCACGGCGGCCCCCGGACACGCGCGACCCCCCCGGGACCCCCCCGGACACCGAGGGACCCCCGCGCACCGGCUGGGGCGGCGCGGAGCGGCGGGGGGGGCGCGGGGGGCGGCGGUGGCCGGCGCCGGUGCUGCGGCUCGGGGGGCGGAGAGGGGCACCGGGGGCGCACCUGGGCCGGGGGGCCGGGGCGAACCGGGAGGGGGCCGAGCCACAGCGGGGGUACCGGGAGAGGGGCCGGACCCGCAGCGGGGGUACCGGGAGCGGCGCCGGACCCGCAGCGGGGGUACCGGGAGCGGGGGGGCACGGGGAUCGAUCCCGAACCUGGAGCAGGGCGCACCUGGACCUGUCCCGCACCUGGACCGGGAGUACCGGGAGCGGGACCGCACCUGGACCGGGAGUACCGGGAGCGGAAUCGCACCUGGACCGGGAGUACCGGGAGCAAGGUCGCACCUGGACCAGAAGUACCGCGAUCGGCCCCGAACCUGGCCCGGGCCGUACGGGGAACACUCGGGUGGUACCGGCAGCGGGACUGCACCUGGACCGGGUCGUCCCGGAACCGGUCCCGAGCGGGGAUCGGCCCCGCACUGGGAUCAGCGCGCUGCCGACACCGAUCCCGCACCGGCACCGGAGCCCGAACCCGCAGCGGCGCCGCGGGGUCCGGCCCCAGCGGGGCUCCCGGAGCCGUCCGGACCGCGCCGCUCCCGCACCUGAACCGGGGCCGCACCUGGACCAGUUGUCCUUCCUUGCUCUGAUUGGCUUGCACCCGGCGAGGCGGGAAACGCUCGGCCAAUGA